AUGCCCAACGGAUGCUGUGGUGGAAGCAGCAGCAACUGCACCGUGUGCUGCUACAGCACUAAGAAGUCGUGCUGCAAGACACCGUCGUGCUGCAAGAUGCCAUCCUGCUGCACACCCUCGCAGUGCUGCACGCAGAGCUGCUGCUCCCCCUGCCAGAGCUGCUGCUCCCCCUGCCAGAGCUGCUGCAUGCCCAUGAGCUGCUGCAUGCCCAUGUGCUGCUACACCAUGAGCAACAACAGCAACAGCGGAAGCUGCUGCGGCUGUGGCAACUAA